CCGCCAAGGGUCGCUCAUUCCCCGAGAUGGCCAGCGGCGAUGACUACCCUGUUCACCGGGACAAACUACCCAAAAUAUCAGCAAGGGUAUUCAGUGUGUGCGGGGCAUCCAAGCGAGGAACAGGAGCUGAAUGUGUGUGGAGCAAUUCCAGGGAUUUUCGAGUGUUUGGUCCUGGUGUGGGGUGUUCUCUCGGUGUUUUGAAGGGGAUCGGUGCGUUUUAUAUUGGAGGGACAUGUCCUUGAUUUGAAAAAAGUACUUUCCACUGUGGAUUAUUAGAUAUUGUGUUUCAUUCGUGAUUGGAAGUAAGCAAAGACCUCGAGUGGCAUGAGCAGUCCCAUCAGGUGAAAAAAGAAGGAAAAGAAAUCGUUGACUCCCGCGAGGAUGUGUCUGCGCGUGUUACUGUGCUCGCUUUGGGCGACCUCGAUGCUCUGUGCACCAGGGUCUGCUUCCCCUUCGAACCUCCUCUCGAGAUUGCACUUCACCGAAGGCGUCGCCAGCCCGGGGUCAUCUCCCUACAUCGACCUGACCGCCCUCGGCGACGGGCCAGCGAGCGCCCUCCUCGGCCGAGUGAAAGCGAGCCUCGACGCGCCCGCGAACGGCGCCGAUCGCCGCGACAACUCGAGGUCCAUCCCCGCCACCCGCCGGGGCAACGCCUUCGCCGCGUCGGGGGCCAAGAAGUCCCACAUGGGCGUCUCGGAGAUGCUGCAGAGGGCCAUCGACGACAUCGUGGUGAAGAAGGACCACACUUUCGCCUCCGUGUUGUCGCACCAUCUGAGGUUCCUGGAGGAGAACUUCGUCGGCGGCGAGGAGGACGGAGAGCUGGUGGACGUGGAGGAGCUCCUGCGGUUCAGCGAGGCGGGGAACUCGUCCUCGGUCGUCCAGCUUCCCCUCGACUACCACGACGAGGACGACGACAUCGACUACGAGGCACUAGGAUGCGGCGUGAAGAACGUGGCCGCCAGGAUUCUCGGAGGAUACGUGGCGGGCGUCGGGGAGUGGCCGUGGCAGGCGGCGCUCGUGCACGCCCCGUCAGGAAGGACCUUCUGCGGCGCCUCCUUGCUCAACACCCGCUUCCUCCUCACCGCCGCCCAUUGCGCCGCCGUACUCCCCGUCCGGAAGGUGCGGGUCUGGCUCGGCGCCCACGACGUCUCGCUGCAGCAGGAGGAAGGGCGCGUGGUGCGGGGAGUGACCCACGCCAUCCUGCACGAGGGCUUCAACUCCCGAGACCUGAGCAACGACGUGGCGCUCCUGAGGCUGGACGAACCGGUGGCCAUGUCUCGCACCGUCCGCCCCGUCUGCCUGCCCGACGUCCAGGAGUGGGACGAGGACAUCGCCCAGGGGAAGAGCGACGAUGCAGGGGUCGUCACUGGCUGGGGACUCACUGCCGAACGGGGCCAACCUUCGCCACACCUUCUGCAGGUGAGCCUCCCUUUCCUGAGCGUGGAAUCCUGCAAAGAGCGUUACGCGGGAAUCAACCCCGUGUCCGCCAACAUGCUGUGCACUCUGCAUCAUUUCAAGGACGGGGUCAGCCGCGACUCGUGUAAAGGAGACUCCGGAGGCCCCCUGGUGACGGAAGGGGAGAACGGCCGCUGGACCCAAGUCGGAGUCGUGAGUUUCGGCUACGGAUGCGGACGACGCGGCUACCCGGGGGUCUAUACCCGGGUCACGCAAUACCUCCUCUGGAUCUACCUCAAGAUCGUGCAGAUGGAAAUAUCGCUGUUGUGAUGAGAGGAGGAUUGAUGCUGCGAAAUAGGGUGUUUUGGUGGGCUUUGUAUGAACUUUUUAAAUUGAUUUGUAUUUUUUUUUUUUUUUUUUUUGGUUCGGCGGGCUGGAUCUGUCGAUUGUCAGGAUUGCAACCUGUAAAAAUUAUUUGUCCGAGUGGGUGUUCCUGGCUACGGGCUCCUUGCUGAUUUUACUUCUUUCAUAGACACGUCCAUUUCAUACACAAAACUUGAUAUACAUGCAUACAUACACAUACGUAUACGUACAUACACAAGUAUAUCUAGGUGCUCAUUUAAAUAUGCAAACACGUACA